AUGGAAAACGACAAAUAUCAAUUUUUUCUACAGUGUGCACGCAUAGUACUUCUUGAAUACGAAGUGAUUGGUACUCAAAUCGAAACCCUUUCCACUUGUGAUGAAGUUGAAGAGAAAAUAGAAAAAGCUCAAGAGAUUACUACAAAACUAGACCAGCUACCAGAUGUUGUGAAGGGGGUGCUUGACGAAUUUCGUAUAAAACUUUAUUCGACUAUGACUGAUUUCAUGAAAUCAAUCCCAAUCGGUGAGGAGUCGAGUAUGUGUGCAAGCAGCGCAUUGUGCAAACGCGUCGCUCAGGACAAGGAUGUACUCAGUUUCUCAGCAAUUAAAGACAAGCUUAUUCCUUCUUUUUUGAAGUUUCAUUUGUAA